GGGCGGACCCUGGACGCGCGGGCGCGCGCGGAAGGUAGCGCGGGGCCGCGUUGGCGCGCACGCGCCUGAGCGUGCGCCCGGUGGGGCCGGCCGGGACUCGCCGCUCGCACGCCCUUGGGCCGCGGCCGGGCGCCAGCUGUUCCUUCCGCUUGCGCUGUGAGCUGAGCCGGUGUAUGUGCGGCAAUAACAUGUCAACCCCGCUGCCCGCCAUCGUGCCCGCCGCCCGGAAGGCCACUGCUGCGGUGAUUUUCCUGCAUGGAUUGGGAGAUACUGGGCACGGAUGGGCAGAAGCCUUUGCAGGUAUCAGAAGUUCACAUAUCAAAUAUAUCUGCCCGCAUGCGCCUGUUAGGCCUGUUACAUUAAAUAUGAACAUGGCUAUGCCUUCAUGGUUUGAUAUUAUUGGGCUUUCACCAGAUUCACAGGAAGAUGAAUCUGGGAUUAAACAGGCAGCAGAAAAUAUAAAAGCUUUGAUUGAUCAAGAAGUGAAGAAUGGCAUUCCUUCUAACAGAAUUAUUUUGGGAGGGUUUUCUCAGGGAGGAGCUUUAUCUUUAUAUACUGCCCUUACCACGCAGCAGAAACUGGCAGGUGUCACUGCACUCAGUUGCUGGCUUCCACUUCGGGCUUCCUUUCCACAGGGUCCUAUCGGUGGUGCUAAUAGAGAUAUUUCUAUUCUCCAGUGCCACGGGGAUUGUGACCCUUUAGUUCCCCUGAUGUUUGGUUCUCUUACGGUUGAAAAACUAAAAACAUUGGUGAAUCCAGCCAAUGUGACCUUUAAAACCUAUGAAGGUAUGAUGCACAGUUCGUGUCAACAGGCUGGAGCAUUGGAUUUGCUAAAGGAGCUUAAGAAUAUUCCUAUGACCCUGGAAUUACUGCAGUCCACAAGAAUCGGAAUGUCAGUUAAUGCUAUUCGCAAGCAGAGUACAGAUGAAGAAGUUACAUCUUUAGCAAAGUCUCUCAUCAAAUCCUGGAAAAAAUUAUUAGAUGGGCCAUCAACUGAGAAAGACCUUGACGAAAAGAAAAAAGAACCUGCAAUUACAUCGCAGAACAGCCCUGAGGCAAGAGAAGAAAGUACUUCCAGUGGCAAUGUAAGCAACAGAAAGGAUGAGACAAAUGCUCGAGAUACUUAUGUUUCAUCCUUUCCUCGGGCACCAAGCACUUCUGAUUCUGUGCGGUUGAAGUGUAGGGAGAUGCUUGCUGCAGCUCUUCGAACAGGGGAUGACUACAUUGCAAUUGGAGCUGAUGAGGAAGAAUUAGGAUCUCAAAUUGAAGAAGCUAUAUACCAAGAAAUAAGGAAUACAGACAUGAAAUACAAAAAUAGAGUACGAAGUAGGAUAUCAAAUCUUAAAGAUGCAAAAAAUCCAAAUUUAAGGAAAAAUGUCCUCUGUGGGAAUAUUCCUCCUGACUUAUUUGCUAGAAUGACAGCAGAGGAAAUGGCUAGUGAUGAGCUGAAAGAGAUGCGGAAAAACUUGACCAAAGAAGCCAUCAGAGAGCAUCAGAUGGCCAAGACUGGUGGGACCCAGACUGACUUGUUCACAUGUGGCAAAUGUAAAAAGAAGAAUUGCACUUACACACAGGUACAAACCCGUAGUGCUGAUGAACCAAUGACAACAUUUGUUGUCUGUAAUGAAUGUGGAAAUCGAUGGAAGUUCUGUUGAGUUGGAAGAAUUGGCAAAAUAUCUGGACCAUUAAGAAAACGGAUUUUGUAAUUAGCUUUAAACUAGGCCAAGCAACUAGUUUUCCUGCAAAUCAACUUUUUAAAGCAACUUGGGUUAGACUUUGUUUUUGACCUAACAUCCCUUCCUUAAAUGCCUUCUGUAGUUUCAGAUCAGUAGGGAGACCAUAUAAUAAUUGUAUGGUAUCUGUUUCAAAACGUAUUUUUUCUGUUUUUAUAACUAAGUCGAUAUCAAACUUUUGGCAAUAUUUUUUCUUUCUUAAAGGAAAAUAUACCUUAACUUUUUUUCUUUUACACUGUGAAACAUACACAGUAGAAAUUCUGUUAUUCUCUGUUAUUAAUACAUACAUGAAAAUACAUUUUUUUCCAUAUUGGCAUGUAGCUACAAAUAUUAAAGGAGGAGAAAAGGUAAUAUAAUUUUAGGUUUACCAAAUAUGGUGUGUAUUCAAAUAAUACUUGACCAGCUUAUCUAAAAUGUACAUAAUUUUUGAGGUAGCUUAUGAAUUUGAUUUUAAUUAUUAUGUUCACAAGCUUGGAAUAUUAGAUAUUAUUUUGCAUCUGUAACUAACCGUGAUCAUCAUUUCUUGUAAUUUCUUGUACAUGUAUAUUACUUGUUCUUAAUAGAUUUUUGGAAACAAGACUUUAUUGAGAUCAGUUUGGUUUUCCUGUUAAUUUACCUGUUUGACUUUAUAAUGUGUUUUAGUUUUGCAGAAGAACACUGUUGUAGUUUAGAAGGCUUUUCAUAAAUCCCCUCAUAGGCAAAGAUGAAAACUUCCCACUAUUUUUUUCCCCUCUUAGGAAGACAUACUGGAAAGAAAAUGUUUAGCAUCUUAGUGUAGUAUAGCUAUUGUAAACAGUUCAUGACUAGAUUUUGAUUCGGAAAUCUAUACUGACCAAGAAUUAAUCUUAAGGAUUGUAUAAAUCAUUAAAGCUAUGGUCUUUCCAUGUAGAGAUUGACGGAAAAUAUUUUUGUCCCAAGUCUUAUUUGCUGACUUUUUCUGUCAAUGAGUGAGAUUGUUGAACAAACUGAAUAUAUGGGCCAUAGCAAGUAGCUUUACAGUACAGAUCUUACAAUUAAGUUUUACUUUUGUUAAAGUGUGUACCAUUUUUUCUGUUUGGAGUAAGACAAAAAUUGUUUUGACAUAGGUUCCCUAGGGUACACUUGCUCUAGCAUACUUUAAAGGCCACUGUUGCAAAGUCUGCGUUUUAUGCUGAAUCUGCAUUCUGUCAGGCACCCGUAGAAAGACCUCAGUACAUGCUUUGCACUCUCCUUUGCUCCCUUUUUCCAAUUUCUUAUUGCAUAUCAUUUUGUUGUAAUACAGAAAGCAGCAUUUUUAAAUGUCCAUGUUAAGAAUUGGCCCACCGGUACCAGCUCACCUCUAUUUUGUCAGUUCAUAGUUCAAGAUUUUGUUUUAUUUCAAAAACAAAGUACAUUUUUGAAAUAAUGAGUUUCAGAAUAAAAUAAUCUCACUUUUAAAUUAAGUGAUCCAUUUUAAAAUUUGUAAUUCAAUAAAGUUUUUUUUGUUGUUAAACAUA